AAAACUCCCCUGUUCUGCUAUACUCACUCCAUUCCCACUGCAAAGUACAAUACAACUCUGAAAACAUAAAAUUAUCUUUCUCUUUCUUACUCUGAUUCAUUCUCUGAAACAUUGAAAAACCCAAAAAAAAAAAAGUUACAUUUACAAUAUUUUAAUGUCAAUGGGUUUUGAAGAACAUGAUUACAUAGGUUUAUCAGAGGUUUCAUCAAUUGAAAAAACCUCUGACAAUACAAAAAAUUCAGGUUUUACUGAUAAAAAUGACAGUAAAAGUUUGAACUUUAAAGCCACAGAAUUAAGGCUUGGAUUACCAGGAUCACAAUCUCCUGAAAGAGUUGAUGCUGAUAACAAUGAUGAUGAAAAUGGUUUUAAUUACAAAGUUGGUAAAAUCAACAAUUUGAUUUCUGGCGCCAAAAGGGGAUUUUCUUAUGCUAUUAAUGGAGCUUCUAACAACUGGGUUAUGUCUGAAAAUGGUGGAUCUGAUGAGACUACUUCGUCUAUGAAGAAUGUGUGUUGUAAUGAUGACAAAAAGUUGCAGAAUUGUGCUGUUUCUAAGGAGCCUACUUCUGCACUUGCUUCUUCAAAGGCGCACGUUGUAGGAUGGCCACCAAUAAGAUCAUUCCGUAAGAAUUCAAUGGCCAUCAAUGUACCGAAAGACAAUGACAAUAGCGACUCCAAGUCAGAAUCAGGAUGCCUUUAUGUAAAAGUCAGUAUGGAUGGUGCCCCUUACCUUAGAAAAAUCAAUCUCACUACCUAUGGAACUUAUGUACAACUCUCCUCUGCCCUUGAGAAGAUGUUCUCUGGCUUUACAAUGGGUCAAGUUGAUUUUAGUAAAGGUAGAUUGAUGGAUAAUCUUCGCCAUUCUGAGUUUGUUCUCACGUAUGAAGACAAAGAUGGUGACUGGAUGCUCGUUGGCGAUGUUCCAUGGAAUAUGUUUCUGGAAUCCUGUAAAAGGCUGAGGAUCAUGAAGAGUUCAGAUGCAGUUGGGCUAGCAUCGAGAGUUAGCGAUGGCUAAUUUUGCCGGAUUCUCUUCAUCUAUGAACAACUGAUGUGACCGUCUAAAGUAGCUCGAGGUAAGACAGUUCAGAAGCACCUUCUGAUUGCAACAAAUUGGAAUUGCAGGGCCAGGAUAUAUGUUGUUAUGUACAGAAAACAACCUAAGGAUAUCAUCAUGAUUUCCGUUUACUAUAUAGUUGAGCCUGAGUAGUGAGUACAUCACUAAACUAUGUUCCAGCAAUAAACUGUCAGCUCUUAUGGUACUAGAUUGUUUACAUCUACUCGAACUUAGUUUGUACUAUUAAAGGCCACUUCCUGCCUAAUUCCAUAUGAACCAUCUCUUUAAGUUUAUCAGUCGAAA